GCAAGAUUAAAUAGUUUUAGGAAUCAUUAUGUUCCAGCCAAAGUCAGCAACAGGGAUCAUGCAGGGGGUCAAACAGUUCGGACCCUCUGUAGGUGGUAAGAAAAUGAUGACAUGGGAGUUCACCCAUGCAGCCGAGGCAGCAGAGACUGGAAUUUACCUUGUAUGGAGAUCUCUCAAAACAGGAGAGGAUUGCUUUAGAGUUGGCCAUUUUUCAAGAUGCUUUUGUGGCCACUAUGGUAAAGAUCACGACAGGAAAGUGAAUAAGAAGAAACAAUCUACCAAGUGUGCAAAGUGCUCAUGCAAAGAGCUCCACUUCAUCCCUAGAAGACCUGAAGAAUGUGGCCUGUAUCAUUUGCCAAGAAGAAAGGGAUUCAAUAUUAAUAAAUGGAGGCCUAACUGCAAAUGUGGACAUAACCACGAAGAGCACGAUCCUAAUUACUUCAGUUGCAACUGAGGAUGCUACAGAUUCGAAGGCGAUUUCUGGUGCAUUGGCUGAGAAGGAGGAUUUGAUGAUCACGAGACAUUACUCCAGACAGAAAGCGAAAGAAUGGCUGAAGAUAGACCAAUCCAGGCAGAGUUCCUUCCAAUGGCUGACAAUGUAGAACUGCAACACGAAACUCUUAAGAGCCUUGAGGUUUCUGAAGAAGUAAAGAAGUUAGCAGGUUUCACCGACCUCACAGAAGAAGAGAAGUUUAUUGAAGAGGAGUUUAAGGAGAAGAUGAACAGUGAAGGCCAGCUUAUCAAACUCACUGAUGAUAUGGCAUCUAUGGAUAUCAAUCUUGCAGUCGGAGGCCAGAAAUCCUAUACUAGAGAUUAUGUCUCAAAGCCUGAGAAAUCUGUGAAGUAUAUGCAAAAGAAGGGGCUAAUUAAAAAAUAGUCGUAAAU